GUUGUUGUUUUUUUUUUUCUUUCUCCUCUCCCUUUGCCAGGAUUUUGGGCUUUAGAAAACUUCGACAGUCGAUAUCACACAACAUGUCCGAAAAGCUCGAGGCCGGCGUGCCAGAGAAGCAGGUACAUGUCGGCGAGACCAACGAGUACCUCCUCCAGCUGGAGAGCAUGCCCGCCGACGAGCGCGCGGCGCUCGAGAAGCGCAUGCUCCGCAAGAUCGACAUCCGCCUGCUUCCAUGGAUGACCCUCCUGUACCUCCUCUCGUUCCUUGACCGCGUCAACAUUGGUGCCGCCAAGCUCAACACCCUCGAGGCCGACCUCAACCUCACCGGUAACAUGUACAACAUUGCCUCGCUCGUCUUCUUCGUCUCCUAUGUCGCAUUCGAAAUCCCCUCCAACCUUGUGCUCAAGAAGCUCCGCCCCUCGAUCUACAUCCCCCUGACCAUGGUCGUGUGGGCCCUCUUCCAGAUCUUCAUGGGUCUCGUCACCACGUACGGCCAGCUCGUCGCCCUCCGCUUCUGCCUCGGUCUCGCCGAGGCCGGUCUCUUCCCCGGCCUCAACUUCUACCUCACGGGCUGGUACCGCCGUGGCGAGCUCAACAAGCGUGUCUCGUUCUUCUUCGCCGGUGCCGUCCUCGCCGGUGCCUUCGGCGGUAUCCUCGGCUACGGCUUUGCCAAGAUGGACGGUGUUGGCGGCAAGGCCGGCUGGUGCUGGAUCUUCAUCAUGGAGGGCAUCCUCACCCUCAUUGCCGGUGUUGCGUCCUUCUGGAUGAUCCACGACUGGCCCGACCGCGCCCGCUUCCUCACCCCCCUCGAGCGCGAGUUCGUCCUCCUCCGUCUCCGUCAGGACACGGGCCUCGGCACAGCGGGCAACUUCUCGUGGCGCGUCGCCGCCUCGGCCCUCAAGGACUGGAAGACGCUCUGUUUCUCGCUCUGCUACGUCGGCGCUGCGCAGUGCAUCUACUCGCAGUCGCUCUUUGCGCCCUCCAUCGUCGCCGUCCUCGGCAGGUGGACCCGUCCCCAGUCCCUCCUCAUGUCCGUGCCGCCCUACGUCCUCGCCUUCAUCACCACCAUGGGCACGGCCUACCUCUCCGACAAGUGGAUGAAGCGCGGUGUCUUCAACAUGUUCUGGUCGUCGCUCGCGUGCAUCGGCUACAUCAUCCUCCUCACCACGACGCCCAAGAACACCAACAUGAUUGGUGCGCAGUACUUUGCCGUCUUCCUCACCACCAUGUCCAUCGCGCCCCUCAUCUCCACCACCAUCUCGUGGGCCGGCGGCUCCUUUGGCUCGCACUACCGCAAAGCCGUCGCCCUCGGCAUGAUCUUCUCCACGGGUAACUCGGGAGGUAUUUGGGCCUCGCUCGUCUACCGCAACCAAGACGCCAAGAAGUCGCCGCCGUACCAGCCCGGCCACGGCACCGCACUCGCCUUCGCAGCCAUGAACGGCAUCAUGUCGUUCAUCAUCUGGUGGGGACUGCGCCGCGCCAACAAGCAGCGCGAGGAGCUGUACGGCCCGGCGCCCGACGAGAGCGAGAAGCACGACAUCGACGACCCCGCGUACCGCAAGCGCUGGGGCCUCGAGAACAUGACGCACGAGGAGAUCCUCGAGCUCGGCGACCGCCACCCGGCCUUCCGCUUCAUUCUCUAAUAUAGUUCAUAUGCUUGGUGGUCUGGUAUAGUGUGGCCACGGGGUGGUCACGAGGUAUGCAUUACGCAUAGCUGCACACGUUAGUG